AGGACACACACAAGGAGCUGCACCUUCACAAACGGCCGCCUUGAACCCUUGUCAUGUCGAAGCACCUGGAAUACACCUCCUACCCAAGAGACAGUCCCACGAUGGAGAACUUGGAGAGGCAACUCAUCUGCCCCAUUUGCCUGGAGAUGUUCACCAAACCCGUGGUCAUCCUCCCUUGCCAGCACAAUCUCUGCCGGAAAUGUGCCAAUGACAUUUUUCAGUCUCGAGGGACCACCCUGGGCUCUGCAGGGAGAUUCCGCUGCCCAUCCUGCCGCCACGAAGUUGUCCUGGACAGACACGGCAUCUACGGCUUGCAACGGAAUCUACUGGUGGAGAACAUCAUCGAUAUCUACAAGCAAGCGCCAGCAAGCGGACCAGAGAGACCUCUGUUAAAAAGCGAGCAGGCAACCUGCGAAGAGCACGAGGAGGAAAGGAUCAACAUUUAUUGUGUGACGUGCGCUGUUCCCACAUGCUCGCUGUGCAAGGUUUUCGGGGAACACAAGGAUUGCGAAGUGGCUCCACUCUCGGAUAUCUGCACAAAGCAGAAGGCGUUGCUGACCGAUGGAAUCGGGGCUCUUGUGGCAGCCAAUGACAGGAUCCAAACGUACAUGGCGGAACUCCAAAGCAAGGGCAGGAAUGUUGAGGCAAAUUGCAACGCUCAGAAGCAGGCCCUUUGUGAGAAGUUUGACCGCAUGGGGGCUAUUUUGGAAGAGCGGAGAAAGAUCAUGCUGCAACGGGUCACUUACGAACAGGAGCGCAAGACCCAGCAUCUGAAAGGGCUGAGCAAAAUUUGCAGCGACCACAUCGAAUCUUCUUCCAAGCUGGUGGACACAGCCCUGCAAUCCAUGGAAGAGCCCCAGAUGUCCGUUUUCGUCCAGGUAAGGGCCCUGAAACCAGCAAAAUUUGAAGACCCCGAAUUGGCGGCUGAAGAAGAAGGGGGCUGUGGAGAAUCAGAAGACACUUUAGGAGAGACUGAACCAGAAGGGGGUGAGAGGGAAGAGGACCUCAAUGACCCUUUUGCCCUUGGACAGGAAGACCCGUGGCAAGGACUAUCUCCUCUGGUGAACGGGACUCGGAACGGUGCUGCUGUUGGGGCAGGAGCGUCCACCCUAGAGGCCACUGAAUCUCUAGUUGAAACUAGCCAAGAAAGCAAUCUAUGGGGCAGCCAGCAGGCUUCUGACUCCAGUACCACAGCUGACCGAUGGAGAAGUGAGGACUUCACGGAACCUCUCCUUAGCAGCUUCUUCAACCCUACCUUUUGGCUCCAUGAUUAAGAAAAGUUGGUGGAAGAGCACCGUGCUUCUCUUGGUCCGUGUUGAAGACUUUUUUUCUGCUCUGCAAGCAUCCGAAUUUCUAGCAGGGUUUGGGACAUCAUCAUCCCGGUCAAAUCUUCCUGCAGGAAGACGAGAAGAU